AUGUCGAUAUCGAAGAUAAAGAAUGCAGCUAAAUCAUUAAAAAAUUAUCAAGGUAUUCGUUUUGAGCAAUGCUUAGAUAAUGGUGAAGCAGCUGAACAAUUAAAUAAAUGGCUUCUUGAAGUAUCAUGGGAAGUUGCAAAUAAAGUUGGAGGAAUAUAUACUGUUAUACGAUCAAAAGUACCAGUAACAAAAAGUGAAUAUGGAAAUAAUUACAUAUGUUUGGGUCCAUAUAACGAAGCAUUUGUAAAAACUGAAGUUGAAGUUGGUGAAUCGAAAAUAGAAGCUAUUCGAGAAGCAGUGCAUGAAAUGAAUCGUUUUGGUGUUCAUGUUGUAACUGGAAAUUGGUUAAUUGAAGGUUUUCCUCAAGUUGUUCUUUUUGAUAUUGGCUCAGUAUCACAUAGAUUAGAUGGUUGGAAAGGUGAUUUUUUUCAAUAUUCACGAAUCGGUAUACCAUAUCAUGAUAAAGAAUCAAAUGAUGCAUUAUUAUUUGGUUUUUGUGUUUUUUGGUUCAUUGGGAAUUUUAUUGAACAAGUAAAACGACGACAAAAAAGUUAUGUUAUUGCUCAUUUUCAUGAAUGGUUAGCUGGUGUUGGCCUUAUCAUGACGCGUCUUCGCAAUUAUGAUUGCGCAUUAGUAUUUACCACACAUGCUACACUUUUAGGUAGAUAUUUAUGUGCUGGUUCAACAGAUUUCUAUAAUAAUUUAUCUAAGUUCAAUCUUGAUAAAGAAGCUGGUGAUCGUCAAAUAUAUCAUCGUUAUUGCAUUGAACGCGCAGCUGCAUCAUGCGCACAUGUAUUUACUACUGUUUCGAAAAUAACUGGAAUCGAAUCCGAAUAUCUCUUGAACAAACAACCAGAUUUGUUAACACCCAAUGGAUUGAAUGUUCAAAAAUUCGCUGCGUUACAUGAAUUUCAAAAUUUACACGCGCAAAACAAAGAGAAACUCAAUGCAUUUGUACGUGGACAUUUCUAUGGACAUUAUGAUUUUGAUUUGGACAAAACAUUAUAUUUCUUUACUGCUGGUCGAUAUGAAUUUACAAAUAAAGGUGCUGAUAUGUUUAUCGAAUCAUUAGCACGAUUAAAUUAUAUGCUUACAAAAUCUGGUUCAGAUGUAACUGUUGUUGCAUUCCUUAUUUUUCCGACAGCGACAAAUAAUUUUAAUGUUGAAUCUUUACGUGGUCAAUCUAUUGCUAAAAUGUUUCGAGAUACAGUAAGCAAUAUACAAGCGGAUAUUGGCAAACGACUUUAUGAAAUUAGUCUGAAAGGUCAGCUUCCAACUGCCGAACAAAUUUUGUAUACAAGCGAUUUAAUAGAAUUAAAAAAAUGUAUUUAUGGUUCACAGCGUUCAGCCUUGCCACCAAUAUGUACACACAAUGUAUGUGAUGAUGUUAAUGAUCCAGUAUUGAAUGCAUUGCGUCGUUGUCAUUUAUUUAAUGCACGUUCCGAUCGUGUUAAAGUUAUAUUUCAUCCAGAAUUUGUACGUUCAACAAGUCCGUUAUUACCACUUGAUUAUGAUGAAUUUGUACGUGGCUGUCAUUUGGGUGUAUUUCCAUCCUAUUAUGAACCAUGGGGUUAUACACCAGCUGAAUGCACUGUUAUGGGAGUACCGAAUAUUUCAACAAAUUUAAGUGGUUUUGGAUGUUUUAUGGAAGAACAUGUUACUGAACAUCAAACAUAUGGAAUUUAUGUUAUUGAUAGAAGACACCAAAGUGCUAAUGAUUCAUGCCAACAGCUUGCACAAUAUAUGUAUGAUUUUUCAUUAUUAACAAGACGACAACGUAUUAUUUUACGUAAUCGUACAGAACGAUUAAGCGAAUUACUUGACUGGAAUAUAUUAGGCAUUUAUUACUAUCGUGCUCAUCAAUUGGCAUUAGCAAGAAUACAUCCUGAAUUCGAAGAAGAAUUAAUGAAAUUGUCAAGUGAACCAUCAUCAUCAACAGCAUCAACCCCAGCUGUAUCUCGUUCAUCGACACCAGCACCACCUGAACACGACGAUGAUGGAAGUGAGGACGAAGAUGAACAUCAGCAAAUACAACUGCCACCAUCACAAGUUUCAUCGCAAAAAAUUCCACAGAAAGAAUUGCCUUCAUCAGAUUCAUCAUAUAAACCUUCGUUUCCACGUGCAGCAUCAGCUGGUAAACUUCCUUUCGAUAAACAACUUCGUGCAGCUGCUGUUGCUGCUGCUAAUACCGCAGCGGCAAAUGAACCAACAAUGACCGAUGCAUUUGAUGAUGAAAUAUAUCAAAUUACACUUGGAGCAAAAAAUCAAUUAAAUUUAGCAUCUGCAAGCCACACAAUACGGCAUGAUGAUCAAAUUGAUUUUGGUCUAUCCGAUACUGGUGACUUCGUUGAUCUAGAUGAUCAUAACAAGCAAGAAGUUACUGAAAAAAAGAAAGCAUCAGCAUUCACAUCAACCGAUUCGACUAAAUCGAAUGCAUUGCAAGCAAUGGUAACUUCGGAAGAUACAGGAUUAUCAUCGAACUCAAAAGAUCAGUCGAAUGAUAAAUGA